UUCAAAGUUGUACUUGAUGUUUUUAAAUAUUGGGGUGAAUAAAACGUAGAGAACACAAAAUUGUAAUCGUAUAUAUAUGAGAGACAUUGGAUGCCUUUUAGCGUCUUCAGAAUUACUCUGGAAUCUGAACAUCGUAAAUCAAAAGAUAACUUUCCUCAGUGACACGUCACUCUGGCCCAGAACUGCAAGGCAGAAACAGCUGAAAGGAUCCGAAGCAGGAACCUGAACAGACAUGGGUGGGUUUUUCUCCAGUCUCUUCUCCAGCCUGUUCGGCACCAGAGAGAUGAGGAUCUUGAUUCUGGGUCUGGAUGGCGCAGGAAAGACCACUAUUCUUUACAGACUGCAGGUCGGGGAGGUUGUCACCACCAUCCCGACGAUUGGUUUCAAUGUGGAAACGGUGACGUAUAAGAAUUUGAAAUUCCAAGUGUGGGACCUGGGAGGACAGACCAGCAUCAGGCCAUACUGGCGAUGUUACUACUCCAACACGGAUGCAGUCAUCUAUGUGGUGGACAGCAGCGACAGGGACAGGAUGGGAAUCUCCAAGUCUGAGCUGGUGGCCAUGCUGGAGGAGGAGGAGCUGAAGAAGGCCAUUCUUGUCGUGUUCGCCAACAAGCAAGACAUGGAGCAGGCCAUGACACCCACCGAGGUGGCCAACUGCCUGGGUCUGCCCGCCCUCAAGGACAGGAAGUGGCAGAUCUUCAAGACAUCAGCAACCAAAGGCACAGGGCUGGACGAGGCCAUGGAAUGGCUUGUGGAAGCCCUAAAGAGUAGACAGUAAUCACUCCUGUGACCCUGAGCCUUUGAUUCCCUGUGUAUAUAUUCCUGAUUGAGCCCCCAGUCAGGCCCCGGACUGUGCCCCCUCCCCCUGUUGGUGGCAGCUCCCCUCCCCCAUGCUCCCCCAGGUCAGGAGAGAGGCUGCAGGAGGAGGACACCAGCAAUGAAGGACUCUUAUAUUCAGAGGGCUGUCUGCUGAAGACGAUUGGUUGCCCAGUGGAUUGGAUGCUCUGAUUGGUGGCCAGUGGAUAGGACACUCUGGUUCCUGGCCCAGCGUGGCGGACAUACUGCAGAUGGCAUUCCUGGUCAAACUGCUGUUGCUACAGGCCUUACUCUGGUCUUUUGUAUUCAGAAUGUGUUAUUUUCUACUCACACUCUAAAGAUGGGUUGGGGAUUACUUUGUGUUUUUGGUAUGUUUGCCUUUGAGUCCUCAAACAGACUGCAAAUCUUUGGUAUGUUUUAGUCUUUAGUAACUGACACUAAUGUUUCUGAUCGUUUGUGAUUCCUGAUUGCUUAUUUAUUUAUGAGCUUCAAGAGUUCAAAACUAUCUGUUUAAAGAAGAUGUAAUCACACUGAGUUAAUAAAUCAUCUACAGUAUCAAUAUGCUGAGGCUCAGCUCAUAAAUAUGGCACUCUUUGGAAACAUAUGUGGAUUAUGUGUCAGCUUGGGGCUUCAGCUCCAUGCUACUCUGAGGUGCAGUCAGUGCAUGCCAUUAUUUCUGGUUCCCCAAGAUUUUUUUUACUUGCUAGUAAAGCUCUUGAAGACUUGGUAUGGCCUGCUUUUAUUAACAUGACAUUUAAAUAGCCAUUGUAUGUCAGACUGUGUCUCCACCCUAAAUUUCAAAACCUUUAGAACAUCUCAAACUCGAGAGGUGAUGACCCAUACAGCUGAUUAAUUUUAGCCUAAAGGAUCUUUGUUUCAAUGAUGGCUACCAAAUCCAGGAGAAUGUAUGGUGUGACCCAGGAGC